UGCCGCUGCCGCUGCCUCCAGAAAGCUGAAGGAUGAGCUGAAUUUCCUCCGCUGUUACUGUUUCCAGCGCUGCUCACAGGUGCUUUGGGUCUGGUCGGAAGCCCCCUUUCCCGCUCCCACUCCCAAUUCAUUACCUGGCUCUCUCCACCCGCCCAGCAGUGACCUGACUCUGCAGGCGAGCAACUCGGGCGGCCAGGGGUGUGGUAUCCACCUAAAGAACAUUUAAAAGGAAAGAUGCUGUCUCCAACUGAUAAAAAGUUAGAAAAGCUGGAUCCAUUUUAUCGACCUUCAGUGUCCAAACAGAAGACCAGUGCAGAAAUAAUAAGUGAAGCACGAAAUUCUUUAAGAGCAGUUAGGACCCAAAGACCAUUUACCCCACAAGAAGAACAGAGAAAGCUAUUUGGACCGUCAUCUUCAAGAACACCAGAAAAUAGACCUCCUUCUUCCUUCAGCCUCCAUGCAUCCAGCUUUGAGUUAUCUGAUUCCAAGCCCAUCGCUGGCACACGUCUCAGUCCACUAGAACUUAAACCGAAAGCUCCAGCAUCUCCCACCACAGAGGAGGGUCCCUGUCCUUCUUUUCCUAAACCCCCAGUGGACCCUGUGAAGAUUAGAAAAAUAAGCAGUGCCCGGGCGCGUUUAUUCAGGGCUGCCUCCCAGGGGACGCUUCUGCCGGACAGGACCCUUCCUCCUGCUGAACCAAAGAAGACAGUGGAACCCAAAGAUACAGUGAUGAUGGGGGACUCCAUGGUGAUAGUAAAUGGGAUUUACUUAAAGGAACCACAUGCCACUGGCUGCUUGAAGAGUCACCCACUACAGCUAACUUAUGAUGGCAGCUUCAGUGAACUCAAGGAACGAGAAAUGCUCAGAGGAGCAACAUCCUUGCCAUCUCACCUCAGAAGUGGAGGGGACCAGGGAGAGAGGCGCACGAGGUCCUUCUCCUGUCCGGGCAGCUCUGACCUGAGCAGACAGGAACCAGAAGCAGUCUCAAAAGCCAACUUGCAAGACAAAGACACAGAAAUAGAAGUAGACGAAGUCUUUUGGAAUACAAGGAUCGGACCGAUUUUGCAUGAAUUAGAAAAGGAAGAAAACAUUGAAACGGUCUGUGCUGCUUGCACACAGCUCCAUCACGCUUUAGAGGAAGGAAACAUGCUUGGAAAUAAAUUUAAGAGAAGAAGUGUUCUCCUGAAGACUCUCUAUAAACUAGUUGAUGUUGGCUCAGACUUGCUCAACCUUAAACUUGCAAAAAUUAUCCUAGCACUUAAAGUGAGGAGGAAGACUCUUCUUAAUGUCUGCAAACUUAUAUUUAAAAUUAGCAGGAAUGAGAAGAAUGAUUCUCUGAUUCAAAAUGACAACAUUCUGGAAUCAUUAUUGGAAGUUCUGAGAAAUGAAGACCUGCAAACUAACACUGAGGCAUUUUUAUACUGUAUGGGAACCAUCAAAUUCCUUUCUGGAAAUCCAACAUUUCUUAAUGAAAUGAUCAGCAAAGGUUCUGUGGAAAUAUUAAUGGAUUUGAUAAAGCAAAUAAAUGAGAACACCAAGACAUCUGGCACCUGUUUGCCAAAUACAGGACACUUAUUAGUUCAAAUGACCGCUACAUUGAGAAAUUUAGUUGAUUUGCCACUAGCAAGAAUUAAGUUCCUGAGCGUCAACGCCCUUCCCCAGCUCUGCACAGUGAUGGAACAGAACACUGGGGACAAGGACGUCUGUACCAACAUCGCCAGGAUAUUCAGCAAACUUACAUCUUACCAUGACUGCUGUGUAGCGUUGGCCAACCAUUCCAAAUGUUAUGGCUUAUUUUUGAAUCUGAUAAACAAAUACCAGAAGAAACAGGAUUUAGUCGUUCGUAUUGUUUUUAUUCUUGGCAACCUGACAGCAAAAAAUAACCAGGCUCGUGAACAGUUUUCCAGAGAGAAAGAGAGCAUCCCAACUCUGUUGUCAUUAUUCCAAACAUUCUGUGAGCUGGACCUGCAUUCUGAGAAGUGUGGGGGUGAAGGUGAUGAACCUCCAAAGGCACCCCGGCUGCGGACCCAGGCCGAGGACGUGCUCAUCAAACUGACCCGAGUCCUCGCCAACCUCGCCAUCCACCCCGGCGUCGGCCCGGCCUUGGCCGCCAACCCGCACGUCGUGGGCCUGCUUCUCGCCACGCUGGAAAGCAAGUCAAUUGAUGACUGUGAAGAGCUGGUGAUCAACACUACGGCAACAAUCAACAACUUAUCUUACUACCAAGUGAAGAAUUCCAUGAUUCAAGACAAAAAGCUGUAUAUUGCUGAAUUGCUCUUAAAACUGCUUGUGAGUAACAACAUGGAUGGAAUUCUUGAGGCUGUGCGUGUCUUUGGAAAUCUCUCCCAGGACCAUGACAUCUGUGAUUUCAUUGUGCAGAAAAAUGUACACAAGUUCAUGAUUGCUUUGCUGGACGCCAAGCACCAGGACGUUUGUUUCUCGGCCUGUGGUGUUCUCCUAAAUCUCACUGUGGAUAAAGAAAGGCGUGUCAUUCUAAAAGAAGGAGGUGGCAUAAAAAAGUUAGUGGACUGUUUGAGAGAUUUUGGCCCUACUGACUGGCAACUGGCCUGUUUGGUUUGCAAAACCUUAUGGAACUUCAGUGAAAAUAUCACUAAUGCUUCAUCGUGUUUUGGAGAUGAAGAUACUGACAUGCUCCUAAUGCUGCUAUCCUCAUUUCUAGAUGAAGAGCUAGCAUUGGAUGGCAGUUUUGACCAAGACCUAAAAAACUAUCACAAACUUCAUUGGGAAACAGAAUUCAAACCUGUGGCACAGCAGCUUCUAAACCGAAUUCAGAGUCAUCACACCUUCCUGGAACCCCUGCCUAUUCCUUCUUUCUAACACCAAUGCAGAUUAACAACAGAACAGGAAGUCAGGUCUCCUUCAUUCUUAAGACGUGGUAAUAAACAUGAACUUGUUUUCAGUAUUACCAAAUAUUGAAAGUUUGCAGGUACUGACUUAGUGAAUAGCCUAAUAAUUUUAAAAGAAACAAGCAUUUCUUCUUGUUAGGUGUUAUAGAGAAAAUGAAUAUACAUGUGCUUUCUGCUAUGAGAAAUGUAAGAUAAAAUGAAAAUAUAUGCAUGUUUUUUCUAAGUCAAUGACUUUUCUUCUGUUCUCUAUGAAUCAUUUAGUUAUAGUCUUCAUAUCCUGAUUUAACAAUUGUGAAAUUGAAGCACUUGUCUGUUCAGCAGUUAAAUGAGCUGUGCAAUGAAGACAACUGGAUUUGAAUAUAGAAAGAAGGGUGGUCAACACUAUUAGGGAUGUGUUACCUCAUAAGCAUCUAUACUGAUUCUCUACUAUGGCUACUAAUCUUCUAAUGCAAUAUCAGUACUUUUCUGCUUCUGCUGUCAGGGGGAGGGCUAAACAGAACAAUUUAAAACACUGUUUCAGACUUCUAAUCUUUAUUCCCUAAAUAAAACCAGGUGAGAAAGGUAGAGUUUUAUCUUCCUUUUCCUUUGAAAUGACUGAACAGACUG